CCGUCUUGCAGCUCUCUCUAGCAUCGACACCAAUGUCGGUGCCAUAUAUCUGCGCGCGCUGUCGCCGCGACUUGUUGAGGAAAAGUGUUCGCCAAACUACGGCUCGCAGAGCAUAUACCCGGCCGUCCUUCGCUCCCAAGCCAACGCUCGACAUCAAGCACAUCCGCAACAACCCCGGACUUUACGAGCAGAAUUGCAUUGAUCGCAACUAUGCGCCUUUCGCCAAGAAUGGCUGGCGGACAUUGGAAUUGCACGAGAAGUUGAGGAAACAGCAAGAUGAAAUUGUGACUUCGCGACAAAGGAAUAAUGCCAUUGGGAAAGAACUUGGACGACAUGCUGCGCAAGGCGGAGAUGAAGCUGGAAGGAAAGCCCUGCUUGAAGAGGCGAAGGCAUUGAAAGCGAAGCUGGCAAGCCAUGAGGUGGAUGAGAAGGCCAUGCAAGAAGAGAUGGAGAGAUUGGCGUUGGAACUGCCAAAUUUGAGCUCUUUGGAUACGCCCGUGGGAGAGGAACCGCGACUCCGUGGUGUCAUUGGGGAGAAGAAAUCAGGGAAUCCUAGAGGUAAAAGCCACGUGGACAUUGGCAAAGAGCUUGAUAUUCUGGAUUUCGAGGCCAGUGCGACGACGAGCGGAUGGGGAUGGUAUUUCCUCAAGAACGAAGCCGCAUUGCUGGAGCAGGCUCUGAUUCAGUAUGCCUUGUCAGUCGCUAUGAAACGGGGCUGGAGAGUUAUGACGCCUCCAAGUCUGGUAUAUUCGCAUAUUGCCAGUGCUUGUGGAUUCAUGCCGAGGGACCAGAAUGGCGAGACGCAAAUUUAUAACAUCGAGCAGCAUGGGCAUGGACAAAGCAAGAGUGAGGACAAGCCAAGUCUGGUAUUGGCCGGUACGGCAGAAAUCCCUUUCGCUGGAUCUCAGGCAAACAGGACAAUACGUGCGGAAGACCUCCCGCUAAAAGUCAUUGGUCCUUCACGUUGCUAUCGUGCUGAAGCCGGCGCGAGAGGCGUUGAUACGAAAGGUUUGUAUCGCGUACACGAAUUCACGAAGGUCGAGAUGUUUGCCUGGACUUUACCACCCAAGGAUCACGAGGCAGACCGCUUUGGGGACGUGGAGAUAUCAGAGGCAGAAGAGGUCUUUGAGGAAAUGUUAGAGAGUCAGACGGAGAUCUUGACUUCUCUCGGCCUGCACGCAAAGGUUCUCGAGAUGCCUACUGCGGAUCUGGGGGCAAGCGCCACGAGGAAGAUUGAUAUUGAAGCGUUCUUUCCUUCGCGAGGAGGAAUAAACGAAGGCUAUGGAGAGGUCACGUCUGCUUCAAUAUGCACGGAUUAUCAGUCAAGACGACUCGGAACUAGGGCGAAGCUCGAUGGCAAGCUUUCGUGGCCACAUACCGUCAAUGGGACUGCGAUGGCAAUUCCGAGAGUACUGGCUUGCAUACUUGAGAACCAUUGGGAGGAAGAAAAGAGAGCCGUCAUCAUACCAGAGGUCUUGAGGAGAUACAUGCCCGAGGGACUGGAAGCCAUUGGAGCGAAGAAGACCGAUUGAGAGACCGUCGGAACGCCGCUCUCCACUGCAACUAGGUGUCAUGCGUGUGGCGCACAUGCGAGUCGAUGCAACUGCCGACCUCAAAAAAUGACACGACCAUCGUCGCGCCAUUGCACAAGAGGCCGCAGCUCAUUCAGUAGCAGUCAUUCCUGGUCACCUGCUCUGCUGUGCAUCCUCAACCCGAAAUGAUGCUCUCAGCGCAAGCAGCCAUCCGCCGGCUUCAGGCGUCACCGCCGACACCCGCCGGUCCACCGCAGACCGCUCCUCUAGUGCCACCUCAUCGACAGUCCGCGGCACGGAAGAGGCAACGAAUCUCGUACAACGCUCACCGAACUCGCACAUCGUGUGAUCUCAUCACGUAACAAGCGCUAGAGAAUGGAAGACAAGUGCGCAACGAGCUCUUCAUGUACGACGCCAACGUCCGAUCGACGUACAGACCGCUUCUCUUGCCCUCGUUGCGAUGCUUGUCCUUGUCUUGUCUUGCGUUGUCUCGCAUCGGGCGCGCAAUCGAACAUUUUGGCAUCAAUCCGAUUGCACGCGCGUAGCUUCCGUGGUUGAUCUCGUCACAUGGCAUUUCUGACCGCAAAAGUAUGGUCCAUGUCGCUCUUUCUGUGUCGCUCGUGCGACACUAUUCCGGCACUGCGAACCGUCUUUCCGCCGCACACAGCGUAUCCGGGUUAUCGAAAAACGUCGUGCGAGUUGACACUGCGUCGAAGGCAGCGGCGGUGGCGUCUACGCUGCUCCAUGAACCUGGUAUUGCGUACGUCGUUUGCCGUCCCGGGCGGCUCUGGGCCGGAACACAGGCGGUUAUUCGGUAAUGUCGUGGAAACUUCUCAGAUCUCCUUUCCGCUCGAGGCGACGACGUUGGUUUGUGUAGGAUUUACAACAGUUUCCCCUCAAAAUCCAUGUGACCUAUCUAUUUGAAUCCAUUUCUUUCCCCCACCGCCGCGCGCGGCUAUUUUGUCC